AACAUUACUGCUUAGGGGAAAAUCCAGGAAGAAGAGAUGGCAGUCAUGUGACAGUUUAGAUAUGCUGUGUGCAGCUGAAGCUUCAGAAAUGGGGCCCUCAGCAGUAACUCAAUUCCUUGCCUUAAUCUCAUUGACUGUGGCCCUGGACAAUGGAAUGCUGAAGACUCCACCUAUGGGAUGGAUGGCCUGGGAACGCUUUCGCUGUGAUGUUGACUGUCAAGAUGACCCAGAGAACUGCCUCGGUGAGGAUCUGUUCAGAGACAUGGCUGACCGCCUGGCUGAGGAUGGCUGGAAAGAAGUGGGCUAUGAGUAUGUAAUCAUAGAUGACUGCUGGAUGUCCAUGCUGAGAGACGAACAGGGAAGGCUGCAGCCCGAACCCUCCAGAUUCCCAGGGGGCAUUGCAAAACUGGCGAGGUACAUCCAUGACCGUGGACUGAAGCUGGGCAUUUAUGCAGACAUGGGUUCUCACACAUGUAUGGGAUUCCCUGGCACCACACUGGACAAAAUCGAGAUUGAUGCACAGACCUUUGCUAGCUGGGGGGUAGACUAUCUGAAGUUUGACAGCUGUUACUCUAAUCCUGUAGAGCAAAUGCUGGGUUACCCUCUGAUGUCCAAGGCUUUGAAUGCUACAGGCAGACCAAUGGCCUAUUCCUGCAGUUGGCCUGUCUAUCUGGGAGGACUUCCACCUAAUGUGAACUACUCUCUGCUGGGGGAUAUUUGUCACCUGUGGAGGAAUUACUACGAUAUCCAGGACUCAUGGGACAGUGUGCAGGGCAUCAUUGAGUGGUUUUCCAACAACCAGGAUGAUCUGCAGCCGGCCGCGGGGCCUGGGCGAUGGAAUGACCCUGACAUGCUUAUCAUUGGCAACUUUGGUCUCAGUGUGGAUCAGGCUCGCUCUCAAAUGGCUUUAUGGGCGAUAAUGGCGGCACCUCUCAUCAUGUCUAAUGACCUUCGACACCUCGACAACAGCGCAAGGUCCAUCCUGCAAAAUAAAAUGGCCAUUGCCAUCAACCAGGACCCCAUGGGUAUCCAGGGAAGACGCCUGCUGCAGGAGAAGAGUCAUAUUGAGGUGCACUGGAGGCCUCUGUCUCAAUCAGCCAGCACCCUUGUGUUCCUGAGCCGAAGGACAGACAUGCCCUACCUCUACCACACCUCUCUGGCUAAACUCAAUUAUGAAGCUGGCAACUAUGAGGCCUAUGAUGUGUUUACUGGCUCGACAGUGAAAGGGUUGAACGCCACCACAGAGUUUACACUAUCCAUCAAUCCCUCAGGUGUGGUCAUGUGGUACAUCUACCCUGAACAGCAGUCCAAAAAGGCUGAGACAUUCGAAUACCAGCACAAGAAAGCCUCACAAUUCACACUCCGCAAAGCUGAACCUGAGCAUCACAUGGUCUUAUGAAGGCAAAAACAAGCUAAGCUGGGGUUUUAUAGAAUCCUUUAAAAUGCUGACAGUCCCAAUCAAGGCAAUGCCAAUGUGAUCUGGACUUAUCAUUGAUCAGAUACUCUUUUGCAGUGAUAUAUGUUUCCCCUAAUUCUGUACAAAAUGUUCCUCAGUAGUGAUGAGGGGAGAAAAGCAUUAUAUCCGCUUGAGGUAAUUGUACUGAAAAUGGUUUAGAAGCAUUAGACAUAGUCAAAAUGGUGACUCAAUGAAUCCAUAAAAUACAUCAUCAGCAUGCUGAAUGGACUAAUCAAUAUCAAAAUGGUGUCAGUCCGUUGCCACUAUGGUACGAGGUAAGACGGACAUAGUAUAAUUAAAUGGCAAGCAGAACCCAUAACGUAUUGAGAAUGAAACCUGGAAUAAAAAUGAAGUCCUUCAAACUG